AUGGGCUUUCGAGACUUUGAAGCUUUAAACCUUGCCCUUCUCGCUAAACAAGCUUGGCGGUUGUUUAAAUUUCCCAACUCCCUUUGUGCCCAACUUCUAAAGGGAAUUUAUUUUCCAUCUUCGGAUUUUCUUUCAGCUGGAAGGGGGAGAAGGGCAUCUUGGGCAUGGUCGAGCAUUCUCCAAGGGAGGGAUCUCCUUCGUAAAGGCCUUCGGUGGCAAGUUGAUGGCUGCCAAGUUCAGUGGGUUGGGGAUGUAAUCAAUUCGACCCACGCUGUGUGGGACAGAGACAAACUUCUGGAGAUUGUCAAUCACGAGGAUGUUAGUAAUAUCUCAGUCAUUCCUAUCUCAUUUGAGGGUCAAGCAGAUACUCUGAUCUGGCACUAUACCAAUAAAGGAAAUUAUGAAGUCAAGAGUGGUUAUCAGGUGGCCCGACAAGAGAUGUUGGAAGCGCGCUCCUCUGUAACUUCCUCCUCUGUCCAGCCCCCUAAAGGUUUCUGGCAGUUCAUUUGGUCCUUAAAGGAAAGUGUUGAAUCCAUCAAGCAUAUUCUCUUCCACUGUGACUGGGUGAGAGCCGUGUGGUUUGGAUGCAAUCUGGGGCUCCGAAUUGGGUCCGAUUUGAUUGCUUCAGCUCUCCAGUGGACGGUAUCUCUGAUGCAAUCUUGCUCUCAAGCGCUUGACAGAAGAGAGAUGGUGAGUAGGGUGGCCACCGUUGGUUGGUGUAUAUGGAAUAGUAGGAACAAUUGGGUUUUUCAACAAUGCUCUGUGGAUCCUCAUCGCGUUUCUCAACAAGCCUGUGCUUAUUGCUUCUCCUCUUCGGAUGGUAGAGCAGCGUUGGCUGUCAUUCUGCGAGAUAGCCACGGGACACUAAUUGAUGGUGUGACCUCUAUAGCCUACUCUUCUUCAGCUAAACAAGGAGAAGCUCAUGCUAUUCAUCUUGCUUGCAUGUUUCUUCGAGCUCUGGGUCUUUUGAAUCUUCAAGUGGAGAGUGACAGCCAAGAAGUGAUCACCCUUUGUGUUUCUGAGAUGGUUCCUCCCUGGGACAUUUCUGCACUCCUGCAUGAUAUUCAGGUUGUGUCUUCCUCUUCCCAAGUUUCCUUUGCUUGGAUUCCUAGGGAGUCAAACGAAGUAGCUCACUGGGUAGCACGAGCUCAUAUUCAUGGAGCUCUGCCUUCUAACUGGGUUUCUAUCCCUCCUACUGCUCUCUCGGCUUUGCUUUUGGCGGAUGUUUCUUUGUAG